AGUCUCCAAAGUUUAAUAGCCUGCAAAUGUCUUAAAGCAGAAUGAGGAUAUUUGGAUCAUUUUUUAUACCCUUGGCAUCCCUGGAUUUCUGAAGGAUCCUGUAACUGAGGAAUGCAGUGUGUAUCCUGGACGGUCCACUAUAAAUUUUCAUAAACACUGCGCAGGAUUCGUCCAUAUAAAGCAAGAAACUAGCAGCACUGCUUUACUCCUCUAACGAAAAAGGACUGGAAUAUUGAUCAAUGCCAUUUUUACCCAGAGGUCAGCUGAACAGACGCGCAGUGGAGUCUGGAUAAGCCAGGUAGACGGGGCCCAAUGCUUCUCCUCAUUCUAAGAUGAAGUUAUGGAAGUUUGCUGCCAUCGGCCUGAUUCUCUGUGGUGCUGCGCUUCCCCUGCUCGUCCUUAAAACCACUCCCUCUUCCCGAGCCCCGCCCCCUCCUCCCCACCGCAGAGCUUCAUCCUCAUCACUUUCACCUCCAUCAUCUUCAUUUACACCCAGCAAUUCGUCGUCUACUGUUGCGGUAGAUCGGCGGCAACGGAAGAUCAGAUCAGCUGACGGAGGAAACUCUCUCGUAUCAGAACUCAUGAAGAUCUUCCAGAGCUUCACAGAGGGCGAGUUGAAGCAGGUCAUCGGGACACUGGUGGAUAGGAAAGCCCGCAGAGAUGCCCAGCAGAGCAAAAGGACUAAACGGGCUAAAAAGCGAGCCAAACCCUGCUCGCUGCGGGAGGUGGAGGUGACAGUCAGUCAGCUGGGGUUGGGCUACGUCAGUGACGAGACUAUAGUCUUCCAUUACUGCAGCGGAAAGUGCACUACAAGUCGCAAAAACUACGACCUGACGCUGGCUUUCAUGAAGCGCUCGCGGCUGCUAACAAAGUACGAGAAGGACAAGGCUCGCCACAGCCCCUGCUGUCGGCCCACCGCAUACGAGGAGGACAUCUCCUUCCUCGAUAACUUCAAUAAAUACCACACAAUCCAAGAGUUUUCAGCCAAAGCAUGCGGAUGCGUCUGACGUCGAGGGUCAAAACUCAUCAAAACUUAGGAAACAUAGCAUGUUUUAAUCUCUGAAAGCUACAGACCCUUGAUUCUGAGAAGAAGAUCUUCUGGGUUUAAAGCACUGAGGCAAGAGCGAAUGUUUUGCAUUGCCUUCACGAAAAAUACUCGGCUGACAGAUUGUCCUCAGACAUUUCUGCCAGUCCUGAUGAAGAGAAACCGCAAAUAUAUUUAGCAAAUAAUAAUUAUUCUCAUGUUUAUUCGUUGCUAAUGAGAUGCUGCUGUAUAUCUUAUUUCUAUUGCCUUCGUGGGUCUACUUCAAAUAGCUUGUAAUGUUGAGCUCAAUGGAGAAAACCUCUAGAAAAUUCAUUCAGGGCUUCAGUAAACAAAGCAAGUACACAAAGGCACACCCACUGCUGAACAAAACUUCCUCAUUGUGUAACCGACCUGUAAAUGAUCCCAGCAGCUCCGAAAGGGUUCAACUCUGACAAAGUCAAAACAUUCCCACAAAUCCAGUUCAAACGAACAUAUAAGUUAUACUGAACAUCUACCUCAGCUUUGAAAUAGUCAAAAUUGCUCUGUAAAC